AAUUAGAAAAUUUUGCUAGCAAAGUAUAAAAAGAAAAGAAAAGAAAAGAAAAGAAAAGAAAAGGGAAAAAAAGGACAGGCGUGAAGGCACUCUCAGAUAAAAACUCUUCACUUGUUUACUCUAUUUGUCACUCACUCUCUCUCUCUCUUACUCACUCACUGUCUUCUCUCUUUUCUCUUCAUUUCUCUAUUACAUCUCUACAUCACUAGACUCUAUAGAGAGUAGAGAGAUAGAGAAAUGCAAGAAAGUUGAAGUCUAAUGGUAUAAUGAGAAGAGGACUAAAUCUCUUCUUCUUUGAAGAAGACUAUCCUUAUUAUUAUUAUCAUGGUUUUUCAAGAACAAGAAAAUCAGGUGCUUCAGAGCCCAACAUUAGUUCUUGAUGGUUUAUAUUGUGAAGAGGAGUGUAUUCAAGAAGAUUAUAAUACCUGGGUUGAUGAUAAAAUUGAAGUUUAUGAUCAGUAUGCAAGAAAGGAGACACCUUUCUCCUGUUUCUUUCUUGAACAAGACUUGUUUUGGGAGGACGAUGAGUUAUUGAAUCUGAUCACUAAAGAAAAAGAGACCCAUUUUGGUUAUGAUAAUAGUAAUUUAGUACCCUCUAAUGGGUCUUUAAUGUUGGCUCGUAAAGAAGCUGUUGAUUGGGUUAUGAGAGUAAAAGCACAUUAUGGAUUUACAGCUUUGACUAGUGUUCUUGCUGUGAAUUACUUUGACAGGUUUGUUUUGAGUUUAAAGUUUCCAAAUGAUAAGCCUUGGAUGGGUCAACUUGCUGCUGUUGCUUGCUUGUCUCUGGCUGCUAAAGUAGAGGAAACCCAAGUGCCUCUUCUUCUAGACUUGCAAGUGGAGGAGGCUAAGUAUGUUUUUGAAGCCAAGACUAUAAAAAGAAUGGAGCUUUUGGCGCUCUCCACUCUUCAAUGGAGGAUGAAUCCUAUCACCCCAAUUUCAUUCUUUGAUCACAUUAUAAGGAGGCUUGGGUUAAAGAACCACUUGCAUUGGGAGUUUCUUAGGAGGUGUGAGAGUUUACUUCUGUCUGUCAUUUCUGAUUCAAGGUUUAUGAGUUAUCUUCCUUCUGUAUUAGCUACUGCAAUAAUGCUGCAUGUUAUAAAGGAGGUUGAGCCAUGUAAUCAAGUGCAAUAUCAGAAUCAACUUAUGUCCGUGAUCAAAAUCAGCGAGAACAAAGUGAAUGAGUGUUACAAGCUCAUUUUGGAGCUCUCAGGCAACCAAAACAAAAGCUGCAAGCGCAAGCAUCCAUCAAUGCCCAGAAGUCCAAAUGGUAUCAUUGAUGCAUAUUUCAGCUGUGAUAGCUCGAAUGAUUCAUGGAAUCUAUCGUCCACAGUCUCAUCAUCACCAGUGCCUCUGUUUAAAAGGAGUAGAACCCAGGAUCAGCAGAUGCGGUUGCCGUCACUAAAUCGUAUGUUUGUGGAUGUGCUUAGCAGUCCUCAUUAAUUCUUUACUUCUCCUAUUGUCUACUAUAGAACAUGUCAUUAUCAUUUCCUCUAUUUUCAUAUAAAUUGUUCUAUGCUGUUCCUAAGGCUCGGUCUUUUUGGGUUUUAUUGAUUAUCAAUAUAUUUCCUGCCUUAUAUUUGAAACUUA